AGGUGAAAGUUCAAUUAGGGUUAAGGUUAGGGUUCCGUGCUAAGAAUCGAGUGCGGGGGCCAUUCGGAGCAUACGAUGUACGCCGAUCGGGUGGAGGCAGUGACGAAGAGGUCGAUAAGGGAUAGGCUUAACGGCAACACUGCUGAUGAUUUCGCUCGCCGGAGACAAGUUACCGGCAAGAGGCACAGAGAAGAAGAUGACAAAUGGGAGCAUGAUCUUUACGAGCGUCAUGAACUUCCGGGAUCAAGCCAGAGAAUUGGUGCUAAGGAUCUUCGUCUAAAACUCCAAAAGAAAAGUAUCCAACAGGCUACUCAAAGUGUUAAAGGUUCUGUCUCUGGAGGUAUGCGGGAUCUGCGUGAAAAGCUUUCUGGUACUGUAUACUCACAAAAAGUGGAAAAUGAUCCCCCCAAAGCAAAGCUGAAGGUGGCUCCUGAAAUAAGUAAACCUGUCAGGAGAAGUAGCAUAACUGAAGCUCCUGCCAUGGAGACAAAAAAAAUUGCCAGCACAGUUUCAAAGAAGAAGUCCCAGCAAAAGGCGGAAUCAGUGGAUAAUUUUCUACAGUCAUUGGGUCUUGAGAAGUAUGCUAUUACAUUUCAAGCUGAAGAAGUUGAUAUGGCUGCUCUUGUGCACAUGACAGAUGAAGAUCUCAAAGCUAUAGGAAUACCAAUGGGUCCAAGGAAGAAGAUAAUAUUAGCACUGGAGACUAGAAUCUGAUAAUUGGGGAUAAUCUUCCUUUGCUGGGGUUUUUCAAUGGUCUACCAUCCAACUAGUCAGAAGGCGGCUUGUGUUUUAACUGUACAAGUCUCUUUCUGGGAUUUAUUUCUUUUAAGUGUUUUCUUUUUCAAUUUUUGGGUUUUAUCAAAGUCAAGUGUGGUUAAUUAGAGCUCUCAACAUUUAAUGAUGAGCUAACCCUUGAAGGGCAUAUAAUUUAAUGGCUUUGUUGGUUGCUUUGCUUGUAACUUGGAAACCAAAUUUUGCUGUUUCAUCUCUCAUCGAGCUUUACAUUUUAGUUUUGUAUCA